UUGCUUUCAUCUGUCUGUCCUGGUGAGUGAAAUCUGCUUCUGUCUUGCACAGCUAGCGGAGGAUCUGAUAGCAAACACCACUAAUCACAGCAGAACCAUACAGAGGAUGAGGUGGGGGAGCUGAACUCUCUGUGGAAGUUGUUUUUUUAAGAUAAGGUGGAAGCUGCUUUUUUUUCUGACUUCGACAAUGUUGCUCAGGCUUCUUUCAAGUGCAAGUAAGUUUCAUGCUUUGGACUGGAAAUACUGGCGUUGAGAAAAGUUGUUUCACUCUUCUUGAACUGCGCUUGAAAGGCUUAACAAUGAAUAAUCAAUCGAUGACAGGGAGGACGAUGGUCCCGACCAUCCCGUCCAUCAUGUUCAUUUUCGGCGUGGUUGGGAAUCUCAUCGCCAUCGUGGUUCUUUGUAAAUCUCGCAAAGAACAGAAAGAAACCACAUUUUACACGCUGGUUUGUGGACUGGCAGUCACGGACCUCCUGGGCACGCUGCUGGCCAGUCCGGUCACCAUCGCCAUUUAUGUGAAGGGAUCUUGGCCCGGGGAGGACCCCCUGUGCCAGUACUUUGGAUUCACCAUGCUUUUCUUCUCUCUGGCAGGACUCAGCAUCAUCUGUGCCAUGUCCGUGGAGAGAUACAUCGCUAUAAACCAUGCCUACUUCUACAAUGACUAUGUGGACCAAAAACUGGCAGGUUUGACCCUCCUAGCGAUCUACAUCUCCAACGCGCUUUUCUGCGCCCUGCCGAUUAUGGGCUUUGGACAGGUCAAGAAACAAUAUCCCCAAACCUGGUGUUUUUUAGAGUGGAGGAGCAACAAGACCAGCGAUGCAGCUUACACCUACAUGUAUGCAGGUUUCAGCUCUCUGCUUAUUCUCGUCACCGUAAUUUGUAACGUGCUGGUGUGUGUGGCUUUGAUCCGAAUGCACCGGCGCUUCGUGCGCAGGAUGUCGCUGGGAACCGAUCUGGGGCGCAGCGUGGACCCGCGGAGGAGAGGAGGACGCAGCUUUGGGCGUCUAGCCGGUGCAGAAAUUCAGAUGGUUAUCCUGCUCAUAGGCACGUCGGCAGUGGUGCUCAUCUGCUCCAUCCCACUUGUUGCUCAGGUGUUUUUGAACCAGCUUUAUAAGACUCCAGUUGAGCUGAAGUUGGACAAAAACCCGGAUCUAAGAGCAAUACGCUUUGCUUCCUUCAACCCUAUUCUGGACCCCUGGAUCUACAUCCUGCUGCGCAAGGCUGUUCUCCUCAAGCUCAUCGAGAAAAUCAAGUGCCUAUUUUGUAAAAUGGGAGCCAGGAGGCAACAGAGACAGGGAAACUUCCACUGUAUAGAUGCUCAUCAGCUCUCCUCGGUCAUCUCCAACCGGGACUCUCUGCGAGAUGUCACCAGCAGCUCCCAGACCUUCCUCUACCUGCCGGAGGGAAGUGAGGUGUACACUGGAAGCUGUCACAAAGUAGACAGACUCUCUGGUUCACGACCAUCAUCAGUCGGACACUCGCAAACUUCUUAUUUGUUUGAGCAGGGCAGCGUUGAAGGUCAGACCAGAAAAGGGACAAAUGCAAUCAGGGACCUUUCAGCCUUGUCCUGCCCAAAAGAUCCAGCACUUCAGGUGUCAUUGAGCACCGAGUCAGGGGAGGAGAAAUGCAUCUAAACUAAUCAGGAGAGAGUUCUCAGAUCGCUCUGAGGUAGAUCGUCUACUGAAUUAUUUCUCCUUAAGCGAACUUUUAACCCCCUGAAAAAUGGUGGUAGGCACAUAAAAAUAAUAAAUGGUUCAACGUGUGAAGUUGGGCACACAGGGUGAGAAAGAAACAGAGAAACUUGAAGUGCUCUGAGCUUUAUCAUCUUGUGUCUUCUUUAUUUCAGCACCCAGCUACCUCAGUGAUGACUAUCUCUAACCGUGCAAGCAGAUUUUUUUUUUUAUCAUUUUAGCCCUAGAGAGUAGUUAUCAAAACAGAGAUGACCCACUUCUUCAUGACUCACGUGUCAGUGAUGGGAAAGCUACACCUUCUGAUUUCAACUACUUUGCUCAAUCAUUGUGGAAACCUUUACUGUAAAGUAUAUGAGACCAGCGAUUUAGAAUAAUUGAGUCACAAACUUGUGGUCAAUAUUGUAAAUGAAAACUGUAUUGAGUGUGAUCCUUAUGAGUAAUCACUGGCACGUGCUGCUGCCAUUGUAGGGAUCGUUUUGUUUAACAAACUCUAUUGUACAGUGCUUUUUGAAGGACGUAUUGUGUUAGUUCUAUGACUAAUGUACAGUGCAGUAUUAUUAUGUGGUGAACACCAACGGUUUUGUUCCUCAGCCCUGGAGUUACACACAAAUUUGUCAUCUCAAAUUAGAAAAACUUUGGUUUCCAUCUUACAAUGAGGGUACAAAGAUCCUUGUGUCGUAGAUAUUAACACCAAAUUAUUUAAAUCUGAAUGUUGAGGAGUUUUUCCGCAGCUACAGAGAAUGUGGUGUAAAUUAGUGAACAGAUGUUGCUUGAUGUAUUAAGAUGAGGUUAUUUGAACACAGCUGUCAGCUUUAGAAAAAACAGUGUUCGAUGUGUAAAAUAUUGUUUGUAAUAAAAUUAUUCUUCUCCAGGAGAAGGUCCUAGUUAAUAAAUCGCAACUCUGAAGGGGUUAUCCAAAAGAAGUAUCUCUGCACAGUGAUUAAAUUGUCAUGUAGUUUGAUUGGUAUUUACGUUCAUGAAUCACUAUCUUCCAGCACAAACAUCCAGAUAACCAGAAUUCAGAUAAUCAACCACUGCAACCUGCAACCAACAAUUACUCUGCUGAGUAUAUUCUCACUUAAUCUUAAUUCACUGUUUAGUCAAAACAUUAGAAAACUGAAAAAAACAAAACAUCACAGCUUCCAGGAACCCACAGCGAUGUCUUCAAACUGUCUGUUUUGUCCGAUCAACUGUCCAAAUGCCUAAAUAUUCUGUUUACAAUGGAAGAGAUAACUCACAUAUUGGAAGCUGGUGCCAGCAAAUGUUUGGCAUUUAGUUUGAAAGACUAACGCUGACCAAAUAUUCAUUGACUUCAUCUCUUCUAUCAAUUAGACCAAAAUCUUAAUUCCACAUCUCUAAAUUUAGAUAUUCAAGUUUGUAAAAGAGCUGUUACCUUGUCAGUCUAGGACUGGUGAUUCACAUAGAACAGUUUCUUUUAUCCUAUUCUGUGUUUAGUUGCAUUUUCCUCCCCUUUUUAAUGUGGUGUAAUUUCAGUCAAUUGACACCCUCUGCUCCCGUCUUACCGCCAUAUAAUCGACUGAACAUUUAACUCCUGUUUGUUUGAGCUUUUCCGCUCAAAUGAGCUUUAUGUCUGUGGUUUGAAACUUUGGAGCGCACAGUCUGCCUCCUUUUCCAUGUUAUUACAUUGACUCCAGAUUGUUGCUUAAUGUCACAGACUAUGUUCUGCCUUUCUUGUCUCCCUUGCUGUUGAUUUUAUUAUUUAUUAUUAUUUUGUUAUUCACUUAGUUUUAUUUUUUGUUCAUAUUGGUAUGUUGAAUGAAGCGUGUGGGCACAUAGUUCAGCA